GUCUCUGCGUUUGUCUUCGCCGGCGAGGGAUCAAGAAAGCAUGACGGACGAGCGAGAAAUCAAGAAACGCAAUUCCGGCGAUUCUACGCCGGAAUCAACCGUCGGAGUUCAACACAGCCAUGGAGGAUAUGGGACAAUACUCAGUUUGAAUAUUGGGACGGGCGGUGAAGCGCUCAAAACUGUGGAAAGCUAUUCCGGCGACUCUCCGCCGGAAUCGACCGCCGGAGUUCGAGACGGCAACCACAAUCUGGAGGAAGCCACAAGUGGGAUUUCUGGACACGGGAAGCUGCUGAUUCCAGCCGCCCAAAUUGGUAGUUCCGUCAAUGGGGAGCAUGUGAUCAUGGGGGCGUCGGACGACGGGCACUUGUGCAGUACUCAACUUGCACCAUUUGAUCAAGGUGGAGUCGCCACGAUUUCAGCAGGUUCUAUUUGUGACGCUGUGGGGCCUUUAGUUGCAUGGGAGGUUGGCCAACCAUCUGAAUUCCAGAACCGAAGUGUUCCAAGCCCUUUUGAAAACAUGUUUCUACUGGCUGAACUUAGAGAUCAUGGUCCCCUGACUCUUGACAUCCGCCGGUUGCCGCCACUUGGGGAGAAUCUGUUCCAAGUGGUGGUGCAACCCACAUGCGAGCUGCCCAAGUCUGGACUUCAUGACGUCGUCCAACUGGUGGAAAGAAUUAACGAAGCUCUAAAUGUCUUCCAUCCAUUUGACCUUUACGAAAGAGAGCACUUGCUCGAAUGGAACUUCUUGACAGAGGAACUUCAAGAAAUUGAUGAUGAAGAGCUUGAUUUCCAACAAGUACUGAGGAAACUUGCAAUUUUGGUGUACAGGCUCGUCCCUGUUUUCUGAUGAGAAAUUAAAGCUCUGUUUGAUUC